UCACAUCAUGAGUUACACAAGUGGGCGUGUGUAUAUAACUGCAGCGCGUGUUUGUGAAAAGUAAAGCAUUGAGAAAUGUCGUCCGUCAAUUUGACUAAGUUAGCAGCUAACCAGCUGAAAAACAGCACGUCUGGAGAGAUGGUGGAGGUGAGCUCUCUGUGGCGGGAACAGACGGUGAUCCUCUUCUUCCUGAGGAGGUUUGGUUGUCAGGUGUGUCGAUGGAUGGCAGCAGAGGUCAGUAAACUAGAAAAGGACCUGACAUCUAAUGGUGUCGCUCUGGUUGGUGUUGGACCUGAAGAGCUGGGACUUAAGGAGUUUAAGGAUGGAGGAUUUUUGAAGGGAGAAAUCUACAUUGAUGAGAAGAAACAAUGCUACAAAGAUUUGGGCUUUAAAAGGUACAAUGCCAUUAAUAUAGUUCCUGCUGCAAUGGGAAAGCAAGUACGAGAAAUCGCCUCAAAGGCUAGCGCUGAAGGAAUUCACGGAAACUUUAGCGGGGAUCUUCUGCAAAGCGGUGGCAUGCUCAUAGUCGCUAAAGGUGGAGAGAAGGUUCUGCUUCAUUUUGUCCAGAAAACACCAGGAGACAGUGCAUCUCUUGAGGACAUCACCAAAGCUCUUGGGAUUUCAACCAGUAUCCAGGCUGGUGAAAAGCCACAGUGUAAUGAAGAUGUUUGCACCAGAUAGAAGAUUCAUCUUCAGGUGAUGACUGAAGAGCUCCACACUUUGAUGGAUGAACCUCAUGAGUGUUUUCAAAAUCAAAUGAAGAUGAACAUAUUCUUACAAAAUGUGACUGUAAUUUUAUAAAUGUAAUUAUUUCAUCAAAUUCUUUAAAAUGGCUCUGAUUAUUUAUCAAUUUACCGAUUUGUAAAUGUGUGCAGGUCUUUGUCUGUGUAAUAGUUAGUGUUUGUUAGUAA